UUAAAAGAAAAGACACAGCCCAAUGAAACUCACACAAAACCCUAAUUCCUCUGAUCACAAUAUAGUUUACUCGCCGCUUUCAUUUCCACCAUCUCCUAGGGUUUGCAUCUUCUCUGCUCUCCGCUGAAACCAGCAACAAUGGUUGCCGCCAAGAAAACCAAGAAGACCCAUGAGAGCAUCAACAACAGGCUCGCUCUUGUGAUGAAGAGCGGCAAAUAUACCCUCGGGUAUAAGACCGUUCUCAAAUCCCUCAGGAGCUCCAAAGGGAAACUGAUUAUCAUUGCUAACAACUGUCCUCCUUUGAGGAAGUCUGAGAUAGAGUACUAUGCCAUGUUGGCGAAGGUUGGAGUUCAUCAUUACAAUGGGAACAAUGUUGAUCUUGGCACUGCCUGCGGAAAAUACUACAGAGUGUGCUGCCUCAGCAUUAUUGAUCCUGGUGACUCAGAUAUCAUCAAGACAUUGCCUGGUGACCAGUAAAGCUGUCUUGAAGACUUUUGCUGGAUAUUUUUGUUUUCUGAGUUUAUUUUAGACAUUUGUGAAAGAAAUUCCAAUUUAGUUGUAGACUGGUGUCUGGGGCAUGGUUCUUGGGUAUUUCAACUUGUUGAGCAUCGUAGUUGACUCUGCAAAAUUUUCUGUUUCAUUGUGCCAAUUUUUAUAUGGAUAAUAUUCCAGUGUUAUCAUACAUGCUGUUAAUGUGUUGUGUUA